CUUGACAAACACAUUGUUCACACCUUUUUUAAUGCCCCCCUCAUUCAUUCUUGCAUAUUUGUCUUUGCCAAAAAAAGUUCAUUCUCAGUUUCACUACCUCUGUUCUCAUCGCUCACCCUUCUUAGGUUUGGCUUCACUCAUGCAUUUGACACUCUUAGUCAAUAUGAUUCCCUCUCCUAUGCCCAACAUGCCCUCUAUUAUGAGUAAAGCAGCUCUAUUAUAUUCUUAAUUUAAAUUCUGUCUUUUCACAUGUUUACAAAGUUAAUGGAAAGGUAUUUUGCAGGGCCCCUAAAGUGUCUGCUCUAAUGGACAGUUCAGUCUUACAUUGAUUGUACUUUCACUCAGCCGUUGCUCAUCACAUUGACUCUGUUCUCAGCUAUUAACGACAUCUGCUUUUUGUGAAUCUGGAAGCCCAGAAUGUAGAUGUAUGUCUGCUGACUGUGUUCAUAACACUGACUGUGUGAAGCGUACACAACAUCAUUUCCCCUUUGAUCCUUUACUUGAUGUUUGCAUCAAGUUCGCUGCAUUGAGUCGGUGACACAGAAAUGCAACAAGGCUCCUGUUGCCUUCUCCCCUUGUCUCCUAUAGUCCCGUCAAGGACAUCUUCCCGGUCAAAUAAAUGAAGCAAGAAGAUCUCGUAUGACUAAAGAAUAAAUCACACGUCACCAACUUAUGGAGGGGGCUCCUGUCUCUUUAAAAAAACGAGGCAUUGCCCUCGUAUUACCAUGGUACCCUCGCUCCCCCUCCCCUCUGCACUGCGCAGGGCCUGUUGCCAUGGUCACUGGCCCUGAGUGACAGGUGGUCCUCACAUAGACAUUGGCGUCUUAAACAGUCCCACCGGGGGUAGAAGUAGAGCCGUGACUGUCUGCGUCCGAUCGCCUGCUGCAGCUUUUAUUCAAAAGCAGAUAACGAGCUUGAAAAGGGGGCUUCCAGCUGCUACUGCAUCCAGACCAAAGGGACCUAGCGUAGCUGGACAUGCAUAUAUAUAUAUAUAUAUAUAUACACACACAUACACACACACACACGCAUAUACACGCAGCUCUUUGGCGUAUUGUGAGUGCGCCAGCCGAGUUAGCGGGGCUGGUUACUCACCAGCAAAACAGCGUCCCCUACUCGUCGCCCCUGAAGUCUGCAGCAGCGUGACCAGCUGUUGUCUAAUGCAGUAGCGUGUCCACAGUGACACACUGGAGCUCGCCGUGCGCGCUCACGUCAAACUGGGAUACGUAGUGUUACCAUGGAAGCAAGUGGGGAGUACUUAAGGAGUGAAGGCGUUGCCUCUGGCUUGUUCAGUGCUGCUCUCUUUUUCUUUCCUCUCCUGCUGUUGAUCUCACCUCGUCCACUCUGCCUCUCUCGGCAGGUGUUUUAAUCACAUCGGUUCUUCUUUUGUGAAAUACUCUUGACACGUAUGGGCUAUAAACAGUGCAUACCUGGCAACACACCUCAAUUCUCUUCAUUUCCUUCUCUCCCUCGUCGUGUAUCUGUUCAUGUUUUGAGUCUGAUCAUGACAUAUCUGCAACCCUCUUACUCAUGUGUACUCUAACUCUAGGCCCUCCUUUCCACCUCCCAGGAGUGUAGUCAUGAAUGAUACAAACCCCUCCAGCUAUAAACGCAUGCAUUCAAACACGCUUUACUUCCUUACUGAACAGGCUGGCUCACAUGUUUGUCUACUGCAUUUCUUUCUCUCACUGCCUCUCUCACUGAUUCACUUACUGAAACUAAAAGAGUGCGAAAGCCCAAUUACUUUAUGAAUAAUCCCCCUCCUUUAACCACUUAAUGAUACAUGCUUUGGACAGAUAUUUAAUCUAUGUAUUAUAAAAUAUAGACUUUGAUCUGGUUAACCAUUAAUAGGAGGAAGUUAUUGAGCCGCCUGCACUCUCUUAAGUAUGAUUUUUUUUAUUUUUUUUUUUUUAAUUCUCCCCCUAUCUUUUUAGCCAAGCUCUUUCCACACAUUUAAACAGUUUAGAUUCUUCUAUGUGUCAGUUAAUCUUUUGUGCACACACACACACACACCUACCUUACACUGGGUCCGCCUCCAGACCUCAUGCAUGCACUUACGUUUUCACUUUGACAGUGAAUACUUGAGCGGUAACGCAUACAGGAAGUGUUGCACAUUGCUCUUACGGCGUGCAACAAGAGAGAUAGGGCUGAGAAGGACUCACGCAGCAGACCAGAAUCGGUGGAGGCCAGCCCUGUGGUGGUGGAGAAGUCCAGCUACCCACACCAGAUCUACAGCAGCAGUUCUCACCAUUCCCACAGUUACAUUGGCCUGCCUUACGCUGACCAUAACUAUGGGGCGCGGCCCCCACCCACUCCACCGGCCUCCCCUCCCCCCUCCAUGUUGAUCCGACAAGGAGAGGGGGGGUUGUUUGUUCCAGGAGGCCAGGACGAAGCAUCCAGGGGCACAACGCUCAGCACCUCAGAGGAUGGCAGCUACGGGGCCGACAUCACCCGCUGCAUCUGUGGCUUCACCCACGAUGACGGCUACAUGAUCUGCUGUGACAAGUGCAGUGCCUGGCAGCAUAUUGACUGCAUGGGCAUCGACAGGCAGAACAUUCCUGAGACUUACCUGUGUGAACGCUGCCAACCACGACACCUGGAUAGAGAGAGGGCCAUCCUGCUGCAGACCAGGAAACGAGAGUGUUUGUCUGAUGGUGACACCAGUGCUACAGAGAGUGGAGACGAGGUGCCGUUAGAGCUCUACUCCACCUUUCAACACACGCCUACCACCAUCACGCUCACCACUGGGCGCCUUGGCCAUAAGCAGACUGAUAAAAAACGUAAAAAGAGUGGCGAUAAAGAGUCUCCAGCAUCCUCUGCCCGAGCUAAGAAGGCCUUCCGAGAAGGGUCCAGAAAGUCCUCCAGAGUAAAGGGUGCUGCUCCGGAGCAGGAGCCGACAGAGCACCCGUCUUUGUGGGAGAACAAACUCAAGACGUGGAUGGAGCGCUACGAGGAGGCCAGCAGCAAUCAGUACAGUGAGGACGUCCAGGUCCUGUUGCGUGUCAAAGAGCAAGGCGAUGGCAAGAGCCUGGCGUACAACACGCACCCCGCCUCUUUCAAGCCGCCUGUGGAGGAUCUGCACUCAUGCCAGAGUGUCUCUCUCUUCCAGAGUCAGGUUCAGAAGAACAAGAAGAUCCUCAAGGCGGUGCGAGACUUGGCCCCAGACUCCCUCAUCAUUGAGUACAGGGGGAAGUUCAUGCUUCGACAGCAGUUUGAGGCCAACGGAUACUUCUUCAAGAGGCCGUACCCCUUUGUGUUAUUUUAUUCCAAAUUUGACGGACUGGAGAUGUGUGUGGACGCUCGCAGCUUUGGCAACGAGGCACGCUUCAUCCGUCGCUCCUGCACCCCGAAUUCUGAAGUGCGGCACGUCGUUGAGGACGGCAUGCUGCAUUUAUACAUCUACUCCUUGAGGCCUAUCACCAAAGGCACAGAGAUCACCAUUGGUUUUGAUUAUGACUAUGGCAGCUGUAAAUACAAGGUGGACUGUGCCUGUGUGAAGGGCAACCAGGAGUGCCCGGUGCUCAAGCACAACCUUGAACCCACCGAAAACCUGGGCUCCGGAGGCCGGCGACGAGGGAGUCGCAAGGACAAGGAGACUGUCCGGGACGACCUGGGCCAGAACCAGAACAUGGGUUUGGACUGUGACGGGAAGAGCAAGAGCGUAGGCGACGGCAAACAGAGGAAACUCUCUCCUCUCCGCCUCUCCAUCUCAAACAACCAGGAUCCUGAGUUAUAUGAGGAUCUAGAAGACAAAACCUCCGUUAGCAAUGAAGUAGAGAUGGAGUCAGAGGAGCAGAUUGCAGAGAGGAGGAGGAAGAUGGCCAACCCAGCGGAGCAGUCCCAUCUCCCUGUCGGGGCGGCUUCCAGCUGGAAGGGACUGAAACACAAGGAGACACGGGAAGAGCGAAAGAUGGAGGCCAUCCUGCAAGCCUUUGCCCGAAUGGAGAAGAGGGAGAAACGUAGAGAGCAGGCCCUGGAAAGAAUCGGCGGCGUCAAGACGGAAGUCGGGGGCCGCAGUGACAUCAAGGAGGAGCCUCCAGUCACACCGGAGAUGGCUGAUUCUCCAACUGUCAUGCAGCCGCUACUGGAGGUGAAAGAGGAGCCGGGAUUAAAGCCGGCCAAGGUCAAAAGCUCGAGGAACAGGAAGAGUUUCUCCAGGAACCGCACGCACAUCGGUCAACAGCGCCGGCGAGCUCGCACCAUCAGCACCUGUUCCGACUUGGCCCCUGGCUCUCCGACCGAGUCUCUGGAGCCUCUGAACAAUGAAUCCCCCGAAGGAGAGAUGGCCACUGCGCCUGAGCCGGAGGCCCUCCCUGACGAAGCCCCGGACAGCAGCCCUCCGCACAGCAGUAGCUCACCUGCACCUGACAGAAACCGCAACGGGAGCAAGAACUUCAGAGCUAAAAAGCACUUUGUGUGUGAGUGGGUAGGAGAGAAGCAGCAGGACCACGGUGCAGUACGAACCCCGGAGCCAGUCCCAGAGAGGCCGCUGAGAAUAAGCAGCGACCCUGAAGUACUCGCCACACAGCUCAACGCCCUACCGGGCAUGGCCGGCUCUCCACAGGUCUACAGCACCCCCAAACACUACGUCCGCUUCUCGUCCCCAUUCCUGGCCAACCGCAGCCCCACCACUCCCGGAGUCCCCACUGGGAGACGGCGUUCCAGAGAACUGCCUGAAACACCGCCAACCACCGGCUCCUGCAAGAAGCGAUGGUUGAAGCAAGCUCUAGAAGAGGAGGGCUCCACUAGCCCGGCGAGAAGACCGAGCCUCCUCAUGCCCAGUGAGGGUCCGCUCAGCCCCCCCAUUAAUGGAGACUCUGACAGCCCUCUACCCUACAACGGUACCUGCUCAUUACCAGAGUUGCCCACACCUUUGAAAAAGCGGCGGCUGAGUCCGCUCGAUGCCUGCAUGUCCGAGAGCUCGACUCCCUACGGCUCCCCUUGUGCCACGCCCACCAGGGCCGACCAAUCGGAGACACCCGGGACCCCCAUCUUACUGGCUACCCCACCGCGUCACCGAACGGAGGAGCCAAGUACAGAGCCGCCCCUGCCCAGCACCCCAACACAGACACUUGAUGUCCUUCAGGAGAGUGAAUCUUCAGUGGAAAGCUCCCCAGAGGUCAGCCGAAAACCCAGUGUGCAAGAGGCCGAUCGUCCUCCUUCGUUGGUCUCCUCUCCCUGUGUCGGGGCUCCCAGUUCAGACGGACCCCCGACAGAAGCCACGGUGUCGGUUCCUGAAAGUCCACAGCCUCCGGCUGCCGAGCCUGUGGACUCCGGAGAGGACAAGGCAGAGGGUGUGGUUAUUGAGGGGGGGACUAAUGAGGCUUCCUCAACUGCAGAAACUUGUGCUUCCUCUUUUCCUGGCUGGAUAAAAAGCCCAGACAGAGUCCCGACUGGACCAGCUGGCCUGAACUUCUCUCCAGUCAACUCAAACUUAAGGGACCUCACCCCCUCACACACCCUGGAGCCUCUGGUAUCUCCCUUCAGGCCCGAGGCUGCAGCUGGGGCUGCAGCAGGGCCCACAGUAGUGACGGUGCCAUUGGUUGGCUCCCAGCCGCCCUUCAGUGAAGCCCAGGGGCCGCUCUUUUACCCCGGCCCCGAGGAGGGAAGUUCACUCGGCUUCUCGCGCUCGCUGAAUGGGGAAGGCUCUGGUGAGGGAGGAGGGUCAGCGCAGAACCCCCCACAGAAGAAGAAGGUUUCCCUGCUAGAAUACAGGAAGCGUCAGCGCGAAGCUCGUCGCAGCGGCUCCAAGACCGAGUGCAGCUCUCCCGUUUCCACCGUGCCACUUUUAACCGUGGACGCCUUCCCUGUUGCGUUAGAGACCCCCAGUGAAUCUCCUCUACCCCCCGCUCCCACUCCUCUCUGCAACACCACCGCCACCACCGCAGUGAAAGAGCCCCAGACAAGUGAGGAGGCAGAGGGGUCUGGAGAGAAGGAAGGUGGAGAGGGACAGUGGACGUCAUCCACUUCUGUAGAGCAGGCCCGAGAACGCAGCUACCACAGAGCUCUGCUGCUCAGCAAAGACAAAGACACAGAUGGUGAGACGGAAGGUGGAGACACACCUGCACUGAGAGAUUGCCCAUCUCCAAGUCUUCAAAAGACCCCAACCCACACACCCUGCUCUCCCGGUCCGGUCGUCCAGCCUCCCAGUCGGCCAGCGAAGGAGGACGACGGUGACGGUCAGCCUCGGACGCCAAAUCCGACCAGUCAGCCGCCGAGCAAGCCUGCGGGACCCAAGCCAGCUCCUCUGACCCCCACAAAGCUGCAUCCUGCCCCGUUACCCUCCUCUCCUGUCCACUACCCUGGACCCUCCCUCCUCCACUCUCCCAAGCCUCAGCCUCAGGGCUCUCCCUACCGCAGCCAGAGGGCGCUGUUCUCCGCUCAACCUCAAACCCAGCCUCAGCCUCAGGCUCAGACUGGCCCAGCUCCUUUCCCCCAGUAUAACGCACAGAGUGCUCCACCACCACCUCCCCCUCCUCCACCAGCCUCGACGGCGUAUUUUCCCAGCCAGAGCCCCUCACCCGCCGGACCUUUCUCUGGGUUUAAACCUGCCGUCACCCCUCCUUACCCUCCCGGUUCUCAGCCCCUGAUGCAGACUAUUCCCCACAGCGUGCACUAUCAGAGCUCAGCGGCUCCACCGCCUCCUCCACCCCCCCCACACCCGUUGUCCGGCCCCACCCUGCUGCACGUCAACCUGCAGCCGUCUCCCAUCCAGCAGCACCAGCUCAUGUUGACCACCGCACCCCCUCCUCCUCCUCCGCCUCCUCCUCCUCCCCCGCAGGUCCAGACCUCCCAGCAGCAGCCUCCUGCUAGCAGCACCCUGCUGUCGCUCACACCCCCUCCGCCUCCUCCCCCGCCUCCCCCCGCCCCGUCGACCAGCGCCCAGAUGCAGCCCCACCACUUUCAGAACUUGGGGGCUUUUCAGCCGGCGUUGCUGCACCCGGGCGCCGCCGCCAACCCUUCAGUGCCCCCGUCGACAUACCCCCCAACCCUUCAGCAGACCGGACUGCCCCCACCUCCCCCUCCACCUCCCCAACAGACUCAACAAGGCCAGGCCCAGGCCGCUGCCUCCCAGAUGCCUUCUGGGACUCGUGGCGCUCCUGCGUCCUCGACCCCCUUCCACAGCCCGGGGUACCUGAGCACGGGGUGGCACUGACGGCCCUCUCUGCUGUCGGGCCCCGGCAGCCCCUGAGAACUCGGCCGGAGAGGGGCGUGUAUCAUAAGCUGUAGAUAUGUUUUCUAUUUACAUGAACACGUGGCCAGUGGAAAAACAGCUGAUUGUGGGAUAAAAGGAUACUUUUUAAAAAAUAAAACAAGGACAGAAAAUUUUAGAAAAAUGGACGGUGACCUAAUCUUCAAGACAAACUGAUAAAAACGAAGAUGGACGAUCCCCAUGGUGCUCUCGGCCCGCUCUCUCUGGCCUCCGUUUGUUUUUAUAUAUCCUUCCUGUGAUGGAGAGGAAAGCUCUUUGUUCCGUGUCUUGUUUGGACCCCCGUUGUAAGGCCCCGCACUUUGUUUAUCAGUGGACAUUCCAGCCUAUACCCCCCCCUCCUCCUUCAUCCUCCCUUCCUCCUUUGUCAGUUAUUCGUUUUUACUUCCUCUUCUCUGUUGUCGGCUCUCUACACCAUUUAUUUGUUAUAAUCUAGUGACUCACUAUAGCGAAGAGAAAGCUUUUUGUAUAGAGAAAAAAAAAAAACACAAUUAUUUUUUUUAUUCCUCUGUCUAACAACAAAUAUCUGUUCACCGCUGCAGAUUCAGAAAAGACCCAUUUCUAGGAGCCUGCCUCACCAUCCUGGGAGGCUGCACUCGUGUGUGUGUGUGUGUGUGUGUGUGUGUGUGUGUGUGUGUGUGUGUGUGUGUGUGUGUGUGUGUGUGUGUG